AUGCUUCUUCUCGACUAUCAAAAUGUCCUGAUUCAGUCGAUCCUCACCGAACGCUUCUCCGGUGCCCCUCAUCAAUCCAUUGACCAAGUCGUCUCCGACUUUGACGGCGUCAUAUUCCACAUAUCCACUCCGACGACGAAAACUCAGAUUCUCAUCUCCCUUUCCAUCAAGUGCUUCCGAGAGCUUGUACAAUAUGGCGCGGAAGCGGUCCUGCAAAGAGAAUAUGGGAACUACAUCACGGCCACCGAGGCAGGCUACGACUUUAGCAUCCUGGUUGAUCUGGACAACUUGCCCCCUACGCCGGAAGAGAGGGAAGAGCUUGUACGGCGGAUCAGUCUGCUGAAACGAAAUGUGAUGGCCGCCCCGUUUGAAAAGGCCUUUGACGAAUUUGCACAGCUGUCCGAAGAGGCUGCCAAAUACACAUCGGAGUCGGCGCCGCAGGGCGUCAAGGAAGGCAGCGAAGUCAUGGCCAUACAUUACCGGGAGGAGGAAGCUAUCUACAUCAAAGCCAGCCACGAUCGAGUCACUGUGAUAUUCUCCACCUUGUUCAUCGACGCCGUCGACCGCAUCUUCGCCAAGGUCUUUCUGCAGGAAUUUGUGGAUGCGAGAAGACGUGCCAUUCAGAACGCUCCCCAGGUGCUGUUCAGAAGUGAUCCGCCUCUGGAACUUCAGGGUCUCAGAGGAGUGGGCAAGACUGGUGAAAAGGGCGAGAUGGGCUAUAUUACGUUCGUCUUAUUCCCUCGCCACCUAACCCGUCAGCGACGGGAAGAAGUCAUUUCUCACAUCCAGACAUUCCGCGACUACUUCCACUACCACAUCAAAGCGUCCAAAGCCUACAUCCACUCGCGCAUGCGACGCAGAACGGCAGAUUUCCUGCAAGUUCUCAAUCGUGCCCGGCCCGAGACGGAAGAACGGGAAAGGAAGACCGCCAGCGGCAGGACAUUCAGAGUUCAAGGAUAG